AUGUUGCGAAUCACUUAUAAGUUACCUAUUGCUUUGAGACAGCAAGCAUUUGUUGCACGGAAACUUGUACCUACAAUCAAAGCAAAUUAUUCGACAAACUCAGAUGACGAUGUUGUAUCGAGAAUCAAAGUUCAUCCCAUUAAAAGGAUUAAUGAAUCGAUAGACAAGAAAAGAGCACGUUUGAUAUAUCAAUCAAGGAAGAGAGGUAUUCUUGAAACUGAUUUAUUGCUGUCAGGUUUCGCCGCAAAGCACUUGAGAUCAAUGACAAAUGAGGAGCUUGAUGAAUAUGACGCUUUACUAAACGAAUUGGACUGGGAUAUUUAUUAUUGGGUAACUAAGAACUAUAAAACAAGUCCUGUUCCAGAAAGAUGGAAGAACUCUGAGAUACUAAAAAAAUUGCAAGACUUCAGCGAGAACAAAGAGAAGAAAAUCCUUAGAAUGCCAGACCUUGAAAACUAUUAA